CCUGGGUCACAUGGUGCAGAGCUGCACCCCUACCCGUGUCAUGAAUGCCCUGCUGGUCGGUGGGCUGAGCCACCGUAACGCUGCGGUGAGGAGCUGUACUGCUCAGCACCUGGAGAGACUGGCUGAGGUCAUGGGGACGGCUCGUCUCCUGUCGGGGAAGAAAGACCUCACUGACCGUUUCUUGAUUGCCGUUAGUAAACUGGCUGUGGACCCUGCACAGGAAGUCAGGUGGGAAGUUCCUCCUGUAAAGUAGCUUGCUUCAACAUAACAGUUAAGGCCGGGAUUCAAUCCAUGGCUCGCUAUAGCACUAGAUCGCCGACAAUGCAGCUUUUAAAGGUAAUUUAGUCUUGAGUCAACAUCUGCAGUGUUUACCACGAAUACAAAUUGAAAUUGCCUUUAAAAGCCACAUUGUCGGCUGUCUACAGCAUCUGUGCUAAAGGGUGUCAUGGAUUGAAUUGCGGAUUUUAGGUAUUCGAAAACAACCACAGGUUCUCUUGGAGGGGAAUAGUAAUUGAAAACAAAAAGGAAAAAUUAUAAAUACAAAUAAGUUCUACGUGGCAUAGGAAAAUCCAAGUCCAGGCACCC